AUGUCCCGCCAUCCUGACGUGGACCCCCUCCGCCGGGCCCAUUAUCCUCCACCCCCAGAGGCAGACCUCAGCCGCCAGGGACAAUAUCCUCCUCCACCGGACGAUCGCUCGCGCGCUAUCCUCCGCAGCAGCCAUACCCUGCUCCUCCAGAGCACGACCGAGGAUAUUAUCCACCUCCGUCCUCUGCGCAGUAUCCAGUACCUCUGCCACCGCAAGCUCAACCACACAUGGCUGCCAUUCACCCUCACGCGCCGCAGGACUACCGGUUGCGCCGCCUCCGGGAGCUUACAGGCCCGAUCCAUACCAGCAACCCUCCCCCCCCAACAACAGCCCAUGCCGUAUCAUGCUGCUGCUCCCCGCCAGCGAACAGCCAUUGCCUGCCGGUACUGUCGGCGACGAAAGAUUCGCUGCUCCGGAUUUGAAAACUCGCCUGAUGGCAGAUGCACCAACUGCCAGCGCUUCAACCAAGACUGCAUGUUCACACCCGUUUCUUCACAAGCGCAGGCUUUCGUCCCCGCGCACGCUGCCUACCCUCACAUGCGCCCCGGGAGCAACGUCAACGGUCAGCCUCCUCCUGGCACAAUCCUUUACGGUGCCCAUGGCCAGCCACUUCCUCCAAACACGGCUGUCCAAGGUCCCGAGACGACUCUUCCGCCACCUCAAGGCAUGUACGCUGCCCACUAUGGCCGACCGCCCGCGGACGGGCCCCCGGUGGCCCUUCCGCAGUCUAUGCCUGACCCGCUUGUUCACACUCCACAGAGACAGCGACGUGGAUCUGGCACAGGGUUCGAUUAUCCGGAACCGGCCAACCUGGCUCCAGUGACGCCGGCCAGUUCGACCCCCGGCUACCAAACACACACCGCUCCUAGUCCUUACUACGGUCUCCCUCACGAUCCGCGCACCUCACCGCAAGCUGCGUAUGCCUAUGAGCAACCCCGGCAUUCAACGUCUCCUCAUUCACCUUAUGCGCCGAUCAAUGCUCCUCCUGCUGGCCAAACCCCGCCUCCAACCUCCACCCCCGGCGGGUCGCAGCGCGGCGGACUCAAUGUGCGUGACAUUCUGAAUCACGGAGCGGAUGGCGAUUCACAAGGGCGCUCCAGCACGGACAGUGAUAUGCUCAAUCAGCUAAACCGCCGGGGUCCUCGGUAG